AUGAAGCAGGACCUGAUAGAGAAAGAGGACAGCGCCUUGGAAAUGGGGGCCCUGAACGAUUCCAAUAAUCCGAAGCGCAUUAAAGAGCUGCCACAGGACUCGCUGGACGCAUGCUCCAGUGACUUGCGCCAUCAGGAGAUGCUGGUUAUCGCAGACCUCAGCAAAGUGAAGCCAUCUCUGGUGGGUAAGGAGAAGUCCAAUGCGAUUCGGAUCUGCGUUGCCAGCGUCAUUGCCCUUCCCUCCUUGGAGACCUUGCAGCGGGAGAAAAACAAUAGGGCAGUUGUGAAGGACUGGUACAACCGGACUAUGGAUGGCCUGAAGACAGUGCUGAAAGCCUUCUUGCUGGAGAAUCCAAACACAGCCGAGCUGCAGAACCUCUUAGAUCACUUGGUCCCCUGGAUGAGAUCAGAAAAGUUUCAUGAGCGCUUAAGAGCUGUGGACAUCAGCCUCUACUUGUUAAAAGCUGCAGUCGACCAUCCUGAGUUUUGUAUGUCACCCGAGUUCCCCAAGCUGGGGGUCCUGAUUGGACUACUGGCCCUUCGCAUUGGGGACUACGUGCAGGAGAUUGGUCCCCAGGCUAUGGAAAGCCUGUCUUUCCUCUACACCCUUGUGCGGUGCCAAAAGGGUAAGCAGAGACCAUCCAAAACAUCCUUCCACCCAAACACUAACUCCAAACAAGAACUAGGGCAAUUUCUCACUCCAGACCAGAUGACAGACCUUUUACUGGUAGCUGUGGAAAACCUAAGGGAACACCAUGAAGAUAUCAAUGAAGCAUCCAGGGCCAUCCUGAAUGCAAUCCUGAAGAACUUCAAGCACAGUUUAAAGACAAAGGUGCCAGAGAUUGUGGGCAGGCUCCACUUCCAGCUCAGCACCAUCAGUCAUCCCCACAAACGGCAGGAAGUAAUGAUGGCCUUGUGCCUCUUGGCUCAUGAUUUCCUGGAAGAGCCCUGUAGAAAUGCAGUUGGGAUGUGGAGAGCACUGGCUGAAAUGGAGGUGAAGCGUGACAUCUGUCACCUGCUGGACAUGCUGUUGAAUAAACUCCAAGAGCGGCCAAGGGUCACGGGGAAGGCAGCCUCCAUCUUGCCGAUAGCUGCUGCUAGUGCUCUGUUUGAGGUGUUGUGCUUAACCAAGUGCCGAGACGCCGUGACGCGCAUCUUCCCCCGCCUGCUGAUGGCCCUGCUCGUCCAGGUGCAUUACUGCACUGGGCUCAGCCUGCCGCACAGGAACGACUUCACCCCUACCUGGUGGGUGAUAAGGACAAUAAAGCUCCUUCUCCUAAAGACAGGACAUGUCUGUGAGCUCGCCAUUGUGGAGCUGGAUGGAGGCUGGGAAAUGCUUGCUAGCCCUGAGGAGCACUACCGUGGGGUGGGCCGGCUUGCCAGAACCAUGCUCCACCACGGCUGCUCUGAGCUUUGGAAGAUCUUGUACCUUCUAGUCCCAUUCCUUGAGCGGGGGGAUGAGCGUCACAGGCUCACUGCGCUGGCCUUCUUUGUUGAGCUUCUUCGGAUGCCACAAGCUAAGCGGCUCCCACAGGACUAUUCUGUGAUCCGACUAACAAAGGGACUGACUGAUCUGGAUCCAGUUGUCCGGGCACUGUGUGUCAAAGGAUUGAUCAUCAUGGCCAACUGGACAGGGAAGGAGAUCACAAUCCCAGUGCCAGCCAUGAUAAACAGCUUAUAUGGACUUGAUGGGAGGCUGGUUGUCGAGGCUCUUGCUGAUGUUGAGACGAUUCUCAGUGACCUGGAUGAAGCGAGCUUUCCUGGAUGCAUCACCGACCCUCUUCAACAGCUCUUUGAUGAUGACAGAGAGAGUGUGCGCUUUGCUGCCAUUUCCCUUUUUGGGAGCAUACUGAAGAAGGUGAAGAAGAGUCAGAGACUUAUCAAGGAGGAAGAAAUCUUGAACAGCUUAGUCCCAUUACUUCUGCACCUGCAAGAGGGGAACCGUGACAUGGCCGAGGCCAGUUCCUAUUAUCACUUGUAUCCCCAUACCAAACAACCUAAAUCCAUGAGAUUUCCAGACAGGUGCUUCUUACUCAGCUCUUUGAAACGCUGCGACUCUCAUCUUUUCUUGCAGAAAUGUAAGAAAGCUUUGGAUGAAUGUUCUCGACUCAUGAACUGGAAACUUCCCAAGCAGGUUGGCAGCAGGAAGGCCUGGCACAGCCAUCAAGAGGAUGUGGAUAAAAUAUGCCACUACCUUGUGAAGAAACAUGAGAAAAAUAUCCAAAGGUUUUUGUUGCAGAGUCAGAUUUACCUCAAAAGUGCAGAGCCUUGUUUACGAACAGCUGCAGCCACGUUCAUAGGGUUCUUGGUUGUGCACGUGGACAAAAGGAUGACAGAAGAAGACUUGAAUAUCAUAAGCAAUGCUCUCGACGACCUGAUGCACGACCCCGAGGCGUCCGUGUGCGUCUUCGCCGCUCAGGCCCGCGACCGCGUCCUGGCAGUUCGCUGGAAGCUGAAAUACGGCCUCGUCCAGCAAAGCAAGGCGGACAGCAACCCCACGGACAAACACGGCUGGUACCCCGGCCCCCAGAGCCUCCCCGCUCCCUGCAGCACCUCCAGCCGCCUGCUCGAGGGCCUCCGCCUCUGGAAGGCGUUUGCCAGAAAAUAACCAGCUCCAGCGUGGACGGGGGGCGACGAUCGCGCUACCCGGGCGGAGAUUAUUUUUGUGCAGCCUGCUUUAAAAAAAAAAAAAAAAGCAGACAGAAAACCCGAGGCUCUCGCGGCAAGAGCCACCAAAGAAAUGCAAUUAGCCAGCAGCAGUAACGAGGCCUGCGUGUACCCAGCGUCUUUUUUUUUUUUUUUUUAGCCGGGGAGGGUGAAGCAACCCGCUGCACGGAGCAAAGCCGGCGGGGCUGGUCCUGAGCGGACCGAGGGGCUGGAUGUGACCCUGGGGCGGCUUGAAUCCAGCCCAGGAGGUUUUGUCUUAUUCUGUCAUGACAUUCAUGCCAUUUUUAAUAACCUGCUGGGCAGCUGUAUCAAGCAGAUACAACACUGAAUGGGUGUUUUCAUUGCGUUGGUCUCCUGCUGCAGCCCCUGGGGAUGGAGCUCCUCCACCUCCUGCAGGGCACCUAGGCCCCACCAGGGCACGGGCUGAGGGCGGAACAGGAGGCGGUGCGGGCGGAUACGCGGCGCCGGAA